AUGUCCGAACCAGUCACCGAGUUCGCGAUACUGCGGCUCAAAUCAGAAAACACCUCGCUCGAUGACCCGGAACUUAUAGCCGGACUCCGACGCGUCAGCGCAGAGCAGUCAGCCUGGUCGACGUUCCCUCUUUACUGGUUCACCUACUCUUCACCAAACCAAGACACAUUCGUUUGCAUCUUGUCCCAAUGGGAAGACGUCUUCGCACACCAAGAAUGGAUCGAGUCGGAUCAGAACCAAGCGCUCCUGGAGCUCCUGACUCCUAAACUGGAGAUCUAUGCAUUUUGUCAUGUCGAUUUGCACGCUUCGAAAUCGGGAAUCGAGCUUGGUGAUGUAUUUUUAGCCACCCAGCUAAGCUGGAGAAAGUUGACAGAGGACGAACGCGUCGCGGGCGGUCAAGACCGCAAGGGCGAUUCUUGCGGUUGGGCUGUCGAUCUACCCGAGCCGGCGUUCUAUGUGUUUCGGAUCGACAAGGAUAGUAAUGAUCCUAGGACGGAGAAGACUUGGAUUGGACAACUAUGUCUCGGCUAG